CGCUGCAAGCAUGCAACUGCAGAACCACAGUGCGCCGUAUGCAAAAUACAAAUCCCUUUUCUCUGAACUUUUCUGCAAAAUACAAGCCCACAAAGCUAUGAGUAGCACAAAGGUUAUUGUGUCUUUCCUCCUGCUUCUGCUCAUAAGCCUUUACCUCUUAGACUUCAGUACUGCCAGUGGCAGCUACCCUGAGCAAUUCAUCUACACCGGCUUCACCGGCGCCAACCUCACCCUAGACGGCUCAGCCAAAGUCAUAUCCAGCGGCCUUCUCGCCCUGAGCAGAGAUAAAUUAAGGAAGAACGGGCACGCAUUCCACCCAGCUCCUAUGCGCUUCCGCCAUUCUCCGAAUGGCACGGUGCAAUCCUUCUCUGUCUCCUUCGUGUUCAGCAUCCUCUCAUCGUUCGGUGACAUGAGGGGCCAUGGCUUCGCUUUUUUCAUCGCCCCGACCAUGGACUUAUCCGGCGCUUUCCCAAUCCAGUUCUUGGGCCUUUUCAAUGGCACCAACAACGGUAGCCUGAGCAACCACCUCUUUGCGGUCGAGCUCGACACCAUACAGAACACCGAGGUUGGGGACAUUGACAACAACCAUGUUGGCAUCGAUGUCAACAGCCUCAACUCGGUGAAAUCUUUCACUGCUGGCUUCCACAAUGAUAGUAAGAGUGAUUUGUUCACAAGUUUGCCCCUAAUUGGAGGUGGACCAAUGCAAAUUUGGGUGGAUUACGAUGCAAAAUCCACACAAAUUAAUGUAACCUUAGCUCCUCUUGGCAUGUCAAAACCUGUGAGGCCACUGCUCUCAACAACCUAUGACCUCUCAGCCGUUCUAACACAACAAGCAUAUCUCGGCUUCUCAUGCGUACCAGGGUCCAGCACAGGGCAUCACUAUGUGCUUGGUUGGAGCUUUGCCAUGAAUAGCGUGGCUCCAAUCAUAGACCCAACCAAACUACCCGAGCUACCCCAACUACCUCAACUUGGUCCAAGAUCUCAGUCAAAACUCCUAGAGACUAUUCUACCAAUAGCUUCUGUCGUUUUAAUCUUAGCUAUUGGCAUUGUGGGUUUUCUAAAGGUGAGGAAAACAUACAUGCAUAAGGAGGUGCGUGAAGCUUGGGAGGUUGAAUAUGGUCCACACCGGUUUGCUUACAAGGAUUUGUUUGGUGCCACCAAAGGAUUUAAGGACAAACAUUUGAUAGGCGCAGGUGGGUUUGGUCGGGUAUACAAGGGGGUCAUUCCAACAUCUAAACUAGAAGUCGCUAUAAAGAGGGUAGCAUAUGACUCGGAGCAGGCCAUAAAGGAAUUCGUUGCUGAAGUUGUAAGCUUAGGCCAUCUUCAACACCGUAAUCUUGUGAGAUUGCUUGGAUAUUGUCGGCGAAAGGGUGAACUUCUUUUGGUGUAUGACUACAUGGAAAAUGGAAGCCUUGACAAUCAAUUGUAUGGUCAAAGCAGUAAACCCGGUUUAGAUUGGGGGCAGCGGUUUCGGAUUAUAAAAGACAUUGCAUCAGGCUUGCUCUACCUUCACGAUGAAUGGGAUAAAGUCGUCAUUCAUCGGGAUGUUAAAGCAAGCAAUGUGCUACUUGAUGAAGAGUUGAAUGGACGGCUUGGAGAUUUUGGCCUCGCAAGACUCUAUGACCAUGGCAAUAACCCACAAACCACAAAUGUUGUUGGCACGGUAGGAUACAUAGCUCCAGAGGUACUACACACAGGCAAGGCGACCACCCUUACAGAUGUAUUUGGCUUCGGCGUCUUUGUUCUCGAGGUUGUUUGUGGACAAAAGCCUAUAAAACAAGAUUCAGAAGGCAACCAGCUCGUCUUGGUCGACUGGGUGCUUCAGAACUGGCACAAGAAAACAGUCCUGGAUACUGUUGAUAUCAAGCUCCAAGGAAACUAUGAUAACAAGGAGGCGUGUCUUGCACUAACGCUGGGAUUGUUAUGCUCGCACCCAUUUCCUGACUCAAGGCCAAACAUGAGACAAGUUAUGCAAUAUCUCGAUGGUGAUAUGCCACUUCCAGAGCUACAUCCCUCAUACUUCAACUUUCACAUGUUGGCCUUGAUGGAGAAUGAAGGAUUCAAUUCAUACAUAGUGCCCCCGCAUCAAGUCUACCCGCCUUGUUUCAAUAAAUUGAGGACUGUACUUGAGUGCCAAGCGCUUAUUCAGGCGAGCUCUAGUGGGAGCACGCUGGAAUGCAUGGCUGCAUCUGGUAAGGAGACUUAUGCAGGUUAUCUUCCGAGCGACGUCUUGGAUCCGUACGUGGUCAUUACUCAGUCAUGCGGCCUCCAGGGAGCUUAUGGAUAUUGGGUGCAACCGAUGGAAGAUGGUCGCACGGCCUUCUGCUUAACCUUCCUCCUCUCGGUAACCAUAUUCCUUGCAUCCUCUGCCACCGCUAGUGAAGAUGACCAGUUCAUCUAUUCCGGCUUCUUUGGCAGCAACCUUACCCUCAAUGGUGCAGCCAUGGUUACAAAAGAUGGGGUCCUUGAGCUCACCAAUGGGAAGCCUGACUAUAUGGGCUAUGCAUUCUACCCAUCUUCAUGGAAGCUCCGCGGACUGCCUGAUCGGGAGGUGCAGUCCUUCUCGGUAUCCUUUGUCUUUGGCAUAGCCUCUGUCGACUUUAAUGGUUGUCCCAACAGCAUGAACUUUUCUAUCCAUCAAGGUCUCACAAAUAAGAGCAUGCUUGCAAUCGUGCUUGAAGCUUGCCACCAAGAUAACAACUUCCAGGAAAACAACGACAACGAUGUCAGCAUCUCCAUCGGAGGUAAAAGCUCGGCAAAAUCUCCUGCUGGUUUCUAUGAUGGCAAGAGUGGCAUUUUCAACAACUUGCCCCUCCUUAGUCACAACAUGAUGCAAAUGUCGGUGGAGUAUGAUUUGGCGGCCACACAGAUCAACGUGACCUUGUCCCCCCUCGAGAUGGUUAAACCGUUGAGGCCAUUGCUAUCCCUUUCCCUCAACCUCUCAACAGUGCUGGAGGAUCCAUCAUAUAUUGGUUUCUCGGCUUCAACUCGUAUAAUCAGCUUGAGAUAUAGUGUGCUUGGCUGGAGCUUUGGUAUGAACCGUCCUGCUCCAACCAUAGACAUUGCCAAGUUGCCACAGUUACCUCGGGUCGUUGACCCAAAACGUCAAUCCAAACUGUUGAAGAUCAUACUGCCGAUAGCCAUGGCCACACUUGUCCUACUUGUGGGCACAACGGUCAUUCUAUUUGUGCGGGGGAGAAUGAGGUACGCUGAACUAUAUGAAGAUUGGGAGCAUGAGUUUGGGCCACACCGCUUCUCCUACAAGGAUCUUUUCCAGGCUACAGAAGGAUUUCAUAAUAAGAAUCUGCUUGGCCGUGGAGGAUUCGGGAAGGUGUAUAAAAGUGUGCUUCCAGUCUCUAAGCUGCAGGUUGCUGUGAAGAGGGUGUCCCAUGAGUCAAAGCAAGGAAUCAAGGAGUUCAUCGCCGAGGUUGUCAGUAUAGGCCGCCUCCGACACCGCAACCUUGUCCAGUUACUUGGUUAUUGCAGGAGGAAAGGUGAACUCUUAUUGGUGUAUGAAUAUAUGCCAAACGGUAGUCUUGAAAAGUAUUUGUAUGUUGAAGCAGACAAGACCACACUCGACUGGGCUCAGAGGCUUCAGAUCAUCAAAGGUGUUGCAUCUGCCAUAUUCUACCUCCAUGAGAAAUGGGAGAAAGUUGUCAUCCACCGAGACAUCAAAGCAAGCAAUGUUCUUCUUGACAAUGAGAUGAAUGGACAUCUAGGUGACUUUGGCCUUGCAAGAUUGUAUGACCGUGGCACCAACCUACAAACAACACGUGUGGCUGGUACCUUGGGAUAUAUAGCCCCAGAGCUAGCACGCACCGGUAAAGCAUCCCCUCUAACAGAUGUGUACGCAUUUGGCAUUUUCAUUCUUGAGGUAACCUGUGGGAAAAGGCCGAUCAACAACUGUUCACAGGAUGGUCCAAAGAUGCUAGUCGACUGGGUUGUCGAGCAUUGGCAGGGAGGAUCACUGACAGACACACUGGACAGGAGGAUACAAGGAGAGUAUGAUGCUGAUGAGGUAAAUCUCGUGUUACGGCUAGGACUCUUGUGUGCACAUCCAUUUUGCAGCACGAGGCCUAGUAUGCGGCAGGUUAUGCAAUACCUUGACGGUGACAUGCCGCUCCCCGAGCUUCCACCCAUAAACUUAAGUUAUAGCAUGUUAGCCCUAACGCAGAACGAAGGUUUCGAUCAAUACACGUCAUUGCCUUGCACAGUUAGCAGCAAUGGCAUGACGUUUAGCCUCUUCAGUGGAAGAUGAUCCACUUAGAUGAGUGGGACUCAUAGAGGUAGAACCAAACCAAGCUUGGGCCGUAUCUUGUUCUUGUUUCGGGAGUAGUCUCCAAGCUGUGUAACGUGUUUCUCUGUUUUCUUUAAAAUCAAUGUGUUUGUACCAAAUUGCUUUCUUCUGAGUGAACAAGUAGAGCUCCUCCCGGUUUCUCGAAAAAAGGGCCAAGCCAGACAAGCAUUUUAUAUUUAAUAGGGCUUGGUAACCUGA